UGCGAACACACACACACACACACACACGCGCGCGCACACGCACGCACACACACACACACACACACACACACACACACACACACACACGCACGCACGCGCGCACACACACACACACACACACACACACACACACACACACACACACACACACACACACACACACACACACACACACACACACACACACACACACACACACUCCCCCAUCCGGCGCAAGGGGCAGGCGGCGCGGCUGACGCGUUUUGCGCAUUUCCUGAAGCUCUCGCUCACUCAGCAGCAGCAUUCAGAGGGACGGGAAACAAGGGGGCGCGCGCCUAUACCCACAAGAAAAAAAAAGACGGGGGGGGAGGAGGACAAGCGAGGAUCAUUUCGCUUGCUAUUGAGCCCGCGAGAAAGGCUCCCUCCAAAUACCGAAUCGCUACGGAGAACCGCCAACACAUAUCUGUGUAGUGCUAGCGGCAGAUCGGAGGAGAUUAUCCCCCAGGAGCUCAAGCCGCGGCGGCUGCAGGGAACAGAGCGCGGAUCCCGGAUGGCUAGGCGCGGCUCCUCGCGCUCCCUCCCACCCAGACCCGGGAGACUCAAACGCAGAGAGGACACCAGGAGUGUGUGCAGCCAUGCCCGUGUUCAGUGGACUGCUCAAGGUGCGGGUGUGCGAGGCGGUAGACCUCAAACCCACCGCCUGGGCCCUGCGACAUGCCGUGGGCAAGAGUGGCUCCUUCCUGCUGGACCCCUACCUGGCCCUCAACCUGGACCACAGCCGGCUGGGCCAGACGGCCACCCGGACCAAGACCAACAGCCCCGCGUGGAACCAGGAGUUCUGUAGCGAGGUGCGAGAGGGCCGCAGCCUGGAGCUGUCCGUGUUCCACGACGCGCCCAUCGGCUACGACGACUUUGUGGCCAACUGCACCAUCCAGCUCGAGGACCUGCUGCAGAACGGGACGCGCCACUUUGAGGACUGGGUACGUACGCAACGCCUCACUCUUGCUGCUCCCGGCGAGCGGGCCGUCGCCCUGUGUGGUUGA